CCUCAGCCUGGCUGAAAUCUCUUCUCCUCUCCAUUUCUCUCUCGCUUUCCUCGAUCGCCGCCGCCGCCUUGUGGUCGCCGCCGCCGUCUCUUCGCUGGCCGUAUCGGGUGGUCAUUAGGAUUUCAGUCUCGCCUCUUCUCGCGAGAUCUCCUUUGCCUGAGAAGGAGCUUCCGCCACGUGCAGCUGAUUGGAGUAUAAAGACUUGAUUCUUCUAAAUUACAAAAAAACUCAAAUGAUUGGCUACACACUAGCUUAGCAUCUAUGAGAAGGUGCCUUCUGCUUGAUGGACUGUAUGCACACUUCGACUGACAAGAAGACAUUAAAGCGGUGGUUUUUCAUUGAUAAAAGGGUUGGAUAAUAUUCAGGAAAAAAAGAGUCAAAUUAAACUACUUGGAGGGCUGUCAGAUUUUCUGCUACUUCUAAGCUUACUUUUGUCAUAAAAUUGAUGGAUUUGAAGUCAAGCCAUAGUUCACCUGUUCUCACGGAUCCUGCACCUUUGAGCAAGUCAAGAUUGGGAUUGCCCUCUAACAUGGCACCAUAUUCUCCAGCAGCAUCACCAUACUCGUCUUCUGGGUUGUAUCUAACAAUUCCCAGAAUCAUAAAUGGUAAACUUGAAGAUGUCCGUGCUAAUAGUUGGCUAGAUGCCAUGAUAGCAUCAUCACCUCCUCGCAAAAAGCUAAACAAGGAUUUGAUUUCUGUGACUCAAUUAGAUGACCACGAUGCUGCUUAUCAAACUUGGAUGAUGAGUUAUCCAUCUGCUCUAAAUUCCUUUCACUUAAUCACAAGUUUAGCUAAAUGCAAGACAAUAGCAUUGUUUUUGGACUAUGAUGGCACUCUUUCACCAAUUGUGGAUAAUCCUGAUCAUGCAUUUAUGUCAAGUUCUAUGCGUGCUGCUGUAAACGAAGCUGCCAAUUAUUUCCCAACAGCAAUUAUUAGUGGAAGGUCUCGUAAUAAGGUGCAUGAAUUUGUUAGGCUAUCCGAUUUGUACUAUGCUGGUAGUCAUGGUAUGGACAUAAUGGGGCCAGUCAGAGUAUCCAAGUCCGUUGAGAAUUACUGCAUCCAGACAACUGAUAGUCAGGGCAAAGAAGUACAUCUUUUCCAACCUGCCAGUGAGUUUCUACCAAUGAUCAAUGAGGUGUAUGAAUCUCUCAUUGAGAUCACUAACGACAUCAUCGGUGUCAAAGUAGAGAAUAACAAGUUUUGUGUCUCUGUACAUUACCGCAAUGUUGAUAAAAAGAUGUGGGAUGAAGUUGGAGUUCGUGUAUUUGGUCUGUUAAAGUGUUUUUCACGUUUGCACGUCACCCAUGGGCGGAAGGUUUUAGAGGUCCGUCCCGUGAUUGACUGGAACAAGGGUAAAGCUGUUGAAUUUCUGCUUGAAUCGCUGGGGCUUAGCCAACGCGAUGAUGUACUCCCGAUUUAUGUUGGUGAUGAUCGUACUGAUGAAGAUGCGUUCAAGGUCUUGAGAGAGAGUAACUGCGGGUUUGGCAUCUUGGUAUCGAAUGUGUCAAAAGAAACUAAUGCCUUGUACUCUCUGAGAGACCCAUCUGAGGUACAAGAAUUUCUCAAGUCCCUUGUGAGAUGGAAGAAGUCCACAGAAUUACAAACUGAAGCAAUUGCUACUAAAUAGAUUUGAUUGUACAUAUACUAAGUAAUAGAUUACCUGAUAAUAAUUUGCCCUAUUAAAUUGAAGUUGGGCCAUAGCAUUUGUUCUUGCAUUUGUUAAUUAUUUUCAAGCUCAAGCUCAUGUUCCCUUCAUUUAUAACUUCUUUGUUACUUUGUCAUUGGAUGUUCUUGUUAUCCAUUCUUCUUAAUGACAAAUAUUUGUUCUCUGUCCUUUGUCUCA